GAAACACAUCCAGCAGUCUGGGUGACUCGUUUUUUUUGCAACAUGGAUGUGCUGACUUCAAGAAGAAUUGUCCUACUGGGAAAAACUGGAGCUGGGACAAGCAGUCUGGCUAACACCAUAUUAGGAGAGGAUUUGUUCAAAAUAGGCCAUUCUGCCGUCUCUGAAACAAGUCUUUCUCAUGCAGAAACCAAAUCUGUCAAUGGGAAAAACAUCAAGUUGAUCGACACACACAGUUUUUUUGACACGUGUGGAUCCGAGACGAUGCUCAAGGCUGAGAUAGUGAGGUGUAUCACAGAGUGUGCUCCUGGGCCUCAUGCUUUUCUCAUUGUGCUUAAAGUGGAGAAAUUCACAGAGCAGGAGAAGGACGUCAUCAAAAAAAUAUGCCAAUAUUUGUCUGAGGAAGCUUUAAAAUAUGCCGCCGUUGUCUUCACUCAUGGUGACCAGCUCCAGGAAAAGAUGAAGAUUGAGGAGUUUUUCAGUCAGAAUAUAGAUCUGAGUAAUCUGGUGAAGAAGUGCGGAGGCCGGUGCCACGUUGUUGAUAAUAAGUAUUGGAAGAACAACGGAGAGGACGACUACAGAAGUAACCAGUACCAGGUGGCAGAGCUGCUCAACACCAUAGAGAAGAUGGUUGAGGCAAACAAAGGAGGCUGCUACACCAAUGAGAUGCUACAAGCAGUGAAAAGAGGAAUAAAGAGAGAGGAAGAGUGCAUUAGACAGUCAUCAUCAUCAGGCAACAUGUCACAGGCAGAUAUUAGAGUAGAAGCUACAAUUAGUGUUUUUAACAGCUUAUUGAUCAGAUUGGCAGGUACUGCAACAGGGGCAUUGUUAGGAGCUUUUCUUGGUGUGGCAAGGAUGGUUGCAGCAAAUGUAAGAAAUGUUCAGGAUCUUUCAGCACUGGUAUCAACAAACAGAGGAAUAUUAGCAACUGAUGCUCUGUGGGGGGGAGUGCAGGGUGGUCAGAUAGGAUAUGAUGCAGCUGAAGGAGCAGAAACUGCAAAGGAAGCCAUGGACAAGAUAAUAAAGGCUGUAUUGGGGUCAUCUGGGGUUGCAAAUGAUCAAAACAAAAAAUAGAGCAUUGACAAUAAAAAGAGUGGAGCAGGAGGUUGUUGUUUGUUAUAUAAUUAGGGAACAAUGGGCUACUAGGGUUACAGAUGUGUGAGACAUUGAAAUUAUUAGUUAGAAACCAGGAUUUUGAGAUCAAGCUGUAGUUACUUUCU